GCUGUAAUUAUUUUUAACAAUUAAAUUUAUAAAUUUGUUAAAAAUUUAAAUGUUAGUACUUUUUUAAAACACAAAAAUAUAUAUUGAAUAAAAUGAAUGUUAAUAAUUGUUUAUCCGAUCAGCUGAUCGUGAAAAUUGAAGAGAAUGUUGAUGAGGAUUUCAAAGUGCAAAAAGAAAAUCAACGGGAAUUUAAUCAAGAAAAUUUACUUGAUUUUGAGGAAAUAAAAAUAGAAAAAAAUGAAAAUUUACAUGAUGAAUUUACCUCUAAUUUGACAGAAGAGAUUGGAGACGUUCCAAUUGUAAAGGCUGAAAUUUUAUUCUCAAUCGAUGAGGAACCUCAUAAAAGAACACCUCCAGAAAAUAAUUGCAGGACAACAAUGCUAGAUGAUAAUGAUCCUUUAUCAGUUACUGAAACUAGCUUCCAAUGUGGAGAAAACACCAAGGAUCAAGAAUCAUCUAGAGAAACUUCUCAGCAAGGUUUUUUAUUUGUCAACAUCGAGGAUAUUACACAAGAUUUACGGACAAAAUUUAGAGACGAGACCGACCCAAGUAACCGUAACAAUUACACAGUAAUAAACAACGGCUUACUAAAAAGUUAUUGCUGCAACCUGUGUCCUCUAAAGUUUCGGUACAAGUCUCACAUGGACCGGCAUAUGAUGCAGCACACUGGAGAGCGUCCCUACACUUGCACUUUAUGCCCGGCGAAAUUCACCCACCGAGGAAACUUAAACGGACACAUGAGGAUCCACAGCGGGGAGAAACCCUUCCAAUGUGACAUUUGUUCGAAGCAUUUCAGCGAGAAAAGCAACAUUAAAAGACACAUUAAAAUCCAUAUGAGAGACCCGAAACCUUACCGCUGCAAAAUAUGCUCCAAACAAUUUCGAGAAGUCAAGUACAUGAAGCAACACAUGCAAAACCUUCACGUCCCUAAAGUAGACUCUCCGAAACCUCGCGUUUACAAGUGUCUUACCUGCGAGGCUAUUUUUAAACAGACCAGUGCUCUGAAGAAACAUUUAUUGGUUCAUUCUAAAGAUCAACCCUUUGCUUGUGAUGUUUGUUCGAUUAAAUUUGAGUAUGAGGAUGAACGAGAUAAACAUAUGCUCACUCACAAGCUUAGGUUUGCUUGCACAAUUUGUCCCUCGAAAUUUGUUCAUAGGGGAAAUAUGUUUAAUCAUAUGAAACUUUAUCAUCCUGAUUUAAAAUUAGAAUAAUAUUUUUUUUUUUUU